AUUGUUUAUGGAUUACUCGCUUUUCAAAGAGAACACUAAUCCUAUGUAUUAAUAAUCUAAUUUUUACGUAUAUAUUAACAUGAAUUAUUUUGAUCGAUUAAAUGGAAUAAGGUUAAAGUUAAAAAGAAAUCUGGCGUGCUCGAUUGUGAUAAAAACAUUUGAAUAGAUUUGGGAUUUAAACAGACACAGCCUUGGAAAAGAUAACUGUGAUCGGAAUAAUUGACCGAGUCAUGGACCUUUACUAGUUGAAGAUAAGUGUAGGAACUUGAAGAUGUUGAGUGAUGAACAAUACACGAGGAAGGAGAUUUUGAUGUGUGAUUUAAACCGGAAGGAGGGCGAUGAAAAUUUUAAUAAGCAGAAAUAUACAAAGGCAAUUAAAGCGUACGGAGAGGCACUGCGACAUGUUCCGGACGACAUUAGAAGUUUGGUGGGGCGUUCAAAAUGUCACUCAAAACUACGGAAGCUAAGGAAGGCCAUGGACGAUAUUGAAGUUGCGUUACACAUACACUCUAUGGACAAAGAUGCUAUGUUACAGAAAGCAGACAUAUUAGAUCAACUUGGCAACCACGAGAUGGCGCUAGUGUAUUACCACAGGGGUUUGAAACGCUACCCUAAAUCGGAGGAAUUUAAAGCUGGUCUUGCCAGGGCCGAAAAACGUUCAGCUAAGAAAGGACGCCGUUUGAAGAUGACAUCUGCUGGUGAUAUUACUUACUUCACGGCAUCUCAUAAACCGCCACCUCCAAAGCAGUUUGAAUGGAAAAGCAAACCAAAAGACAUCGUUAAAAAGUCCAUGCUUCCAAGUGCAAACUUCCGGUCUAGAUUAGUACACCCGCUUACAAAUGUCCACCGGAAGCCCGAGGUGCUCCUUACAGAGUCGCGCGCAACUACAUUAAAUGGCUUAUUAGCUGGUUCCUUGGAAUCACUAGCGUUUGAAGAUAAACUCAUUGACGAAACAACAGAAAAAGACAAACUUGGAAAGAUGUAUGAUGAUAAAGAAUACCUCGAAUUCCUUCUAGGGCAUGAAACCUACAAAAAUAAAAAGACACCUCUCGGGGAAGGAAGUGUAGCCACCGUGGCUGAAACAGGCCUGCAGUUUCUACAGGAACGAACACAGUUUUGGGAUAGCCUUGGACCUCUACCACCCCCUCAUCCAAGCCGCAAAUCCAACAGCCAGUUAAGGAGCAAUAGAAGCCGGAUGUCAACAUACACAAGUACCGAAUCUCUCCAGUCUGUUGGAACAUACAAUACAUCAUCAACAGUUCACAGCUACGGGUCAAAGUAUAGCAAAGCAUCAAAUAAAACUUAUAGAUCUAGGUAUGCAUAUGGCAGGAAAAAGGAAAAACCACAACCACCAAAACCUGAAAAAGUCAAAUUUGAUUUUGCAUCAUACCGUCGUGACGAAGAAUUACGAGAAAUGACGAUGAUUGCCGAAGAAAUUGACCAAAAGAAAGAUUCCGAAGAAGAACGCCGUAGAAACCGAGACGAGGCUGUAAAACGCGGAGAGGAAACAACAGCGUUCAUAGAAAAAGAAAUUGUCCAAAUUGAUAAAUAUUACAGUAAAGGCCAACUGGACCUUUGUAGAAAGCGUGCAGAUGCAGCCAUCGACGUGCUAGGUCGAUUCACGGAAGAAGAAAUUCCAACAAAAUAUAUUCUCUUAUCAACUUUGUACAGCUGUCUUGGAAACUGUGACAUGCAAACCAAAAACCUGACAAGUGCUCUCGAAAAUCACGGCCAUGAUUUAAUGAUUGGUGAACAAUGCAACAACACUGAAAUUCAAUCAAGGGCUUUAGGAAAUAUUGGACGUGUCAAUGUGUUGAUGGGAAAAUACAACCGAGCGCUAGAUAUCUAUAACCGGAAGGCACCUCUAUGUACAAGUCCGAAGGAGACUUCCUGGUUGUUUCAUGAAAUCGGUAAUUGUUUCCUGAUGAUGAAGAUAUACGAAUAUGCCCAUGAGUCUGGCCUCAAAUCUCUGAGGUCAGCCCUCGAAGCCAAUGAUCAGAGGCUACAACUACAGUCCAAUGUGCUGGUUGCUGUUGCCGAAGUCAACCUUAUGAAAUACAAGGAUGCUUAUCAACACUUUGAGGAUGCAUUGGAGCGUGCUAAGCUGUUGAAUGACAAACGGGCUCAAGAUGCGAUGACCCGUGCACUUGUAGACUUAAACAAGAAAAUGGUUACACAGUUAAAAAAGAAGCAGACAUCAAAGAAUAUGAGGAAAUCGCCAGUACAUUACGACAUUCCGACGGCCACACCGGUGUCCAGGCCAACACCAUCCUUGUCGGCAAUUUCCGCAAAGACAAAUGUAACGGUUGAGG